GUCGUGCGUUGCACAACACUGCUUCAGGCCCAGGGUUGGUUGGUGCAUUUUGGAGUAGUGGUCAAUUUUUACGAGCAUAACUAUUUACACGAUUUUAUGUAAAUAAAACAAAUUAAACGUAGGAAAAUUAAGUGCAAAGUAUCAUUUCAUCCGACUUCAAAUUCAACAACUGUGUUCUGGCAUUUUUAAUCAGAUGAAUUAAAAAGGAAUUAGCUGCAAAACAUGUUCCCCUCUUAGACCAACCAUAGCCCUAGUAUUGAUUAGAAUUUUUAAGUAAAAAGUAUUCGAACGAACGAAUUUGCAAGCCGAUUUUGGCCACCGACAAGUACACACCAUAAAAUCCGCAGACAAAUCAGGAGAUAUGGACGCCCCACCAAUGUUCAACAGCGUCGAGGAUGAGUGCAGAUAUUGGAAAGAACGCUCCAAACAAUACCAUAAAGAAUGGACAGACGUGAAACAGGAGUACGAUGAGUUUGUCGAACAGUCACGCGAAAUGGAAAUAGAAAUGGACGCCACUCUGGAGCAAAAACAGAGUAUUAUCAAAGAUCUCAGAGCCAGGCUUAAUAUGUUUGAGAAAGAAAACGAUUCCCUUAAGCUGAAGCUGGACUCAAACUGCAUUGAUAUGUCCAAUAUGGAGAAGCAGUUGGACACAGUGAAAAAGGAGCGCGACUCCAUGAAGGUAUACCUGCGGCAACUGGAGCAGAAAAACGACGACCUGGAGCGUGCCCACCGCAUACUCAACGAAAGCAUAGAGAACUUUGAAAAGAUGUUGGAUCAAGCAUAUGAGAAGAAUGCUCUGCUCGAGUUGGAGGUGGAUGAAAAGGGUCUGCUGCAAGAGAAGCUGCAACGGCUAAUGGAUGAGACGCGAGAUCUCAAACAAGAGCUCAAUGUGAAGACACGCUACACGCCAGCGAAUGGCACGAGCAACACCGCAGCAGUAGGCACCACCGCGGCCAACAGCACCAUGAACUCAUCCGCCUCUUUACCUAAUGGCAUUUUGGCCAACGGCGAUGUGACGCCGCCACAUGUCGACAACACCGCUGCUACAAAAGUCACCAGCGUCAGUGUUAGCGCUCUCAACGGCAGUUUAGUUAACAAUAAAAACGAAUAUAAUCAGCAAAAUUCGCUUAAAAAUCCCGAGAACCUUAUCAAUGGCAAUUCCAUGAAUGCCAGCUCCCGCACAACGGCGCUCAACAUUGUGGCCGACAUGUUAAGAAAACUAAACUGGGAUAAGGCCUUGUUAUGUCCUGAAUGCGAAAAGUUUCGCUGCAUUUGCGAGCGCCCGUCCACGCUCCAGUCGCCGCCGCCGCCAUCGGCCAGCGACUCGAGCCUGUUUCGUCGUGCCUUUGGCGGCAGCAGCGGCUCCGUUGUGACAAGCGCCCAGACCACGCCCGUCAGCGAUGGCGGCUGUUCGAGCAGCAGCUCUAGCAGUCUGAACCUAGGCACAAACAUUUUCAAACGCUUUGCCGAACGCAUGCGCAACUCUACGGACGCAGAGCUACCGCUCUGACAUAGCGCAUCGAAUUUAAGGCUACUUUUAAGUGCUCGACGCUUGCAUUUAUUAAUUGCUUUGGUUAAUAAAUACAAACUAUUUUUUUUACCUUACGGA